AUGCCCACAGAGGGAGAAAAAUCUCCCGAGGCAGAGAAUAACAACAGUAAUAAUAAAAAAGGGAAAACUGGAGGCUCACAGGAUUCUCAGCCUUCACCUCUUGCUUUGCUAGCAGCCACUUGCAGCAAAAUAGGAACACCUGGUGAGAAUCAAGGAGCUGGACAGCAGCAGAUUAUUAUAGAUCCAAAUCAAGGUUUGGUGCAGCUUCAGAAUCAGCCACAGCAGUUAGAAUUGGUAACAACUCAGCUUGCUGGAAAUGCUUGGCAGCUUGUUGCUGCUGCUCCUUCUUCUUCAAAAGAAAAUAACGUUGCUCAACAAGGAUCUUCUGUUGCCUCAAGUGCACCAAGUCCCUCCAGCAGUAACAAUGGAAGUACAUCUCCUUCAAAAACCAAGUCGGGCAAUUCUUCUGCAACAACCCCUGGACAAUUCCAAGUCAUUCAAGUACAAAAUCCAAGCGGUAGUGUCCAAUACCAAGUGAUCCCACAAAUUCAGACAACAGAAGGUCAACAGCUUCAAAUCAAUCCAUCUAAUGCUACUGGCCUACAAGACAUACAGGGUCAAAUUCAGCUUAUUCCUGCAGGGAAUAAUCAAGCUAUCCUCACAACUGCGAAUAGGACAGCUUCGGGGAAUGUUGUGGCUCAAAACCUAGCAAAUCAGACAGUUCCAGUCCAAAUUAGGCCUGGUGUUUCCAUACCACUGCAACUUCAAACUAUUCCUGGGACUCAGGCACAAGUUGUAACAACAUUACCUAUAAACAUUGGUGGGGUGACCCUGGCAUUGCCUGUGAUAAACAAUGUGGCAGCUGGAGGAGGUUCGGGUCAAGUUGGACAGUCUUCUGAGAGUGGAGUUUCCAAUGGAAAUCAGCUAUCCUCUACUCCUGUCACUUCUGCUUCUGUUAGUACAAUGCCAGAGUCUCCUUCGUCAUCUUCCACCUCCACGACCACUGCCUCCACGUCUCUGACUAGCAGUGAGACGCUAGUAAGCGCUGCAGAAACAGGCCAGUACACAAGCACAGCAGGCAGCAGUUCAGAGCACACAGCUGAAGAGCCUCAGACAACUGCUACAGACUCCGAAGCCCAGAACUCCAGUCAACUGCAGUCCAAUGGACUACAGAACGUCCAGGAUCAGUCAGGUUCUCUUCAGCAGGUCCAGAUCGUGGGUCAGCCUAUUCUACAGCAGAUACAGAUCCAGCAGCCUCAGCAGCAGAUCAUUCAGGCCAUUCCUCCACAGUCAUUUCAGCUCCAGUCAGGACAGACUAUACAGACCAUCCAGCAGCAGCCUUUGCAGAACGUUCAGCUGCAGGCAGUGAGUCCAACUCAGGUGCUCAUCAGGGCUCCAACUUUAACACCAUCUGGGCAGAUCAGCUGGCAAACUGUACAGGUUCAGAAUCUGCAAAGCCUUUCAAAUCUUCAAGUUCAAAAUGCUGGGUUACCCCAACAACUAACCAUUACCCCUGUGUCUUCAAGUGGUGGUACAACCAUUGCUCAGAUUGCACCAGUGGCUGUUGCUGGCACCCCUAUCACUCUGAACGCUGCCCAGCUUGCUUCAGUCCCGAAUCUUCAAACAGUAAGUGUUGCCAACCUGGGUGCUGCAGGUGUGCAAGUUCAAGGAGUUCCUGUUACUAUUACCAGUGUUGCGGGUCAACAGCAAGGACAGGAUGGAGUAAAAGUACAGCAAGCCACCAUAGCUCCAGUUACUGUUGCAGUAGGUGGCAUUGCUAAUGCUGCAAUUGGUGCUGUGAGUCCUGAUCAGAUAACACAAGUGCAGCUGCAACAAGCUCAACAAGCUUCUGACCAGGAAGUGCAACCUGGCAAGAGAUUGAGAAGAGUUGCCUGCUCGUGUCCUAAUUGCAGAGAGGGAGAAGGAAGAGGCAGCAAUGAGCCAGGAAAAAAGAAACAACAUAUCUGCCAUAUUGAAGGAUGCGGAAAAGUUUAUGGCAAGACAUCUCAUCUUCGAGCACAUCUGCGCUGGCAUACUGGUGAAAGACCAUUUAUAUGCAACUGGAUUUUUUGUGGCAAGCGAUUUACAAGGAGCGAUGAGUUACAAAGACACAGAAGAACCCACACAGGCGAAAAGAGAUUUGAGUGCCCAGAAUGUUCUAAAAGGUUUAUGCGAAGCGACCAUCUCUCGAAACACGUCAAAACUCAUCAGAACAAGAAGGGUGGUGGAACAGCCCUUGCUAUUGUUACCUCAGGAGAACUGGACACUUCAGUUACUGAGGUUCUUGGUUCUCCAAGAAUUGUCACUGUUGCUGCCAUUUCUCAAGAUUCAAACCCAGCAACCCCUAAUGUUUCAACAAACAUGGAAGAAUUCUGA